CGAGGCUUUUCUUCAAAUUCACGGAGGUUCCACCGGCGUCGGCGCCGCCUCGCCGCCGAUUUCGAUUUGCACGACCACUGCGCUCCUUAUUCUAGAAGAAAAUCGUUCGCGUUCGUGUCAUCAUCACAGCUCACGGUUCCUAUUCGUGCUUCCUGUCCGUGUUCAUCGUCUCGAGUGGUGCUUCUUGUUCGUGUUGUCUCCUUCGCUUCUCUCCCUCCUCGCGGCUCAGCAAUAGCCAUCAAAGAGAGUUUAAUUUGUCUUCUGCAACCUUGUUCAUCUUUUUCAAGCACAAAAUCUUCUUCUUCAGUCUAUAGAAAAUGGAAGAGAAUACUCGACCUAAUUCAAAGCAAACUAAGCGUCAAUGGACGCCACACGAAGAUGCAAAAUUAGUUGAGUGUUUGGUGGAGCUUGCAACUACUUCUUGGAAGUGUGACAAUGGCACGUUUAAAUCCGGUUAUGGAAAACAUUUGGAAAAAAUGCUGCAUGAAAAAAUCCCUGGAUGUGAUCUUAAGGCUAAUCCACACAUUGAAUCAAGGGUGAAAUUGCUAAAAAGACAAUAUUUUGCAAUAGUUGAGAUGAUGGGCACAGCUGGGAAUGGAUUUGGUUGGAAUGACAAAGAUAAAAUGAUUGUGGUGGAGCGACAAAUUUUCAAUGAAUGGAAGAGUUCACAUCCUAAUGCUAAUGGCCUCUAUAAUAAACCAUUUCCACAUUUUGAGGAGUUGGGAAUAGCAUUUGGUAGAGAUAGGGCUCAAGGAGGCAAUGCAGAAAAUGUAACUCAAGCAGUUGCUACAAUGGAGGCUGAGCGCGAAGCAACCUUGAGUGAUCGGCAAGUGAAUGAAAACACCCAAGUAAAUUUGGAAGAAACCGAAAUGGAAUAUGAAGCUGAUUCUCAAGUACGUAAGAAAUUGACUCUAAUUCAUGUACAUAAAUUCACUUAUUGUUGA